CAAGACAACAGAGGUUCAGUUUAUCCAGUUAUCUUGAAUGGUUGUGUGGAUAGAUGAAUGGUCUCACCAUUUGUGAAUCAAAUGUCUGCAUCAAAAAAUGCUGAAACUUGAAGGCAGUAUGGUAGCCGUGGAGGGAGCCUUGGGGAAACAGCUGUUUGGCAAUGGAGUUCAAAACUUCAGCAGUAAGCUGGCAUCAAAACCCCAGAUUCAAGUUCCAAGGCCAGAAACAAUAACUGUGUAUCAGACUUCAUUUUAUCUCAGAGUACCCAAAAUCUCAACCCAACACAGAGAUGCAGUAAAGUCCUGCCGUGAACUCCAUAUACAUUUGAAUUCCUUUUCUCAGACUUAUGCGAUGAGGAGGAGAAGGGCAUAUUCUCAGACUGAAACAUAUGUCUUGAUGGAACCUGGAAAGGAUGAGGAGUUUGUCUCCCAGGAAGAGUUAAAGGCCAGAUUGAAAGGUUGGCUAGAAAAUUGGCCAGGCAAGGCCCUACCCCCAGACCUUGCAAAGUUCCAAACCAUUGAUGAUGCUGUCAUGUACCUGGUAAAGGCUGUGUGUGAACUUGAAAUUGAUGGUGAUGUUGGUUCGAUCCAGUGGUACGAAGUCCGGUUGGAGUGACAUACUACACAAGAAUUUGAGCUUCACCCUAAUUGAAGCCCUUUUCAUGUCCUUGUUUGAAACAUUAAAUUGGAUGUUCCACUGCAUUAUUUUUCACGUUGGUCAAA